AUGAUGAUACGACCAGGACAGCACAUUGAUCCGCAGGGUCUCGUAUAUCAUCCUUACCUAGUUGGAUGGGCCGAAUACUGGGAUAAGUCCAAUCUUCGCGACUUUCUGAAUAUCCUGACCGAUGUCUUCGCAAAAGAACCCCCAGUUGUGGCUAGACAACCGCAGCAAGCUCGACCACCUCCUGUGCAUGCUACUCCGACACCUCCUCCUGUCCCGCCUCCGCCUCCUGGUAUGGGACCGGCUUCACGCCCUGCGACACAGGAUCCGCACUCUUCAGAUCAGCCGCGUCCUCCUCCUCCACCCCCCAAAGCCCCUCAGAAUGCAUCUCCUGCGCAAAAUCGACCACAAACUGGGCCACCAUUGCCUCCAAUUCCGGGACAGUCUCCCGUGCAGUCUAAUCGCAUGUCACGCUACGACUCAGCUCCUCCUCUACCACCCCAAGUUAGGAGCCCGCCUGCGCAGGAUCCGCGAAUGCUUCGUCCGCAAGAGCAGUAUCCGACUCGUCAUAUGCCUCCUGCUGGGCCGCCAAUGGCGGCGCAACCCAGACACAUGAAUGAUACACAGUCAUUUACGCCUUCAUCUCAACAACAAUGGCAGCAAAUGCCACUACAGCAACAGCAAUAUCAACAACCUCCACAACCGCCGACAUGGGCUCAAGCUGCUCCACCACAACAAAGUCCUGCGAAACCACCUCCACCUCCUGAUCUGCUUGACGAGCCCUUAGAGCUAGCAUUGCCCAAUACUACAGUAGCGGCACCUCCGAUCCCACCCAAUCCCGAGAAGGAUGCGCUCUUACGGCAGUUGGCUCAGACACUGUACUCGAUUAGAAUGCGCAGCAGGCAGCAGAACGACUCAAGCAUGGCUGGCUUACAAGCACAAAGAACAGCAAUGUUGUCAGCGAUACCUGCUUUCCAAGCUGAAGGCGGCCAAUUGACGCAGCUUUCUAAUGUACUAACGUCGAACUCUAAUAUUCUACACGAUGCCCUUCAUAAAGCGGAUGCAGUCAUUGAGGGAUCCAAGAGCCACCCUGUGCCGGAAGUCGAUGAGCUACUCGUAGCUCCCACUGUGGUCGCAAACCAGCUUUACACGCUAGUGGCAGAAGAGCGAGCUCUCGGUGACGCUAUAUUUAUGCUCGGCCGGGCUGUUGAACGCGGACGCAUCACUCCUGCAGUGUUUGCAAAGAUGACACGGCAUCUUGCAAGAGAGUGGUAUUUAAAGAAGGCAUUAGUACGAAAGAUUGGACAGGGGAUGGGUCUUGCCGCAUGA